GCGGUAAUGCCAAUCAAUUAACAACGACAACUAUGGCCCCUUAUACCAACACAGUGAAAGGACAUUUAAAGUGCAAGCACAAACCCUUCAAUUAUCUGCAUUUUAUGAUUCAAUUCGAAAACGAUGGCUGUCCUCAUUGUGCUUCAGGGGACCCAGGGUCAAUGAAUAUUAAUGGAUUUUUAAACCAUGGAGCAGAAAAAAACUGUCUGACGUUUUCUGAGUCUAUGAAAUGUCCAAAACAGUGUCACUAUACCGAUCCCAAAGAUGGAUGUAAUAAAUGUACAUGCGACUCAAACGGAAAUCAAAUAACAAAACCUACUACAACAACACCGACUACUACAACAACACCGACGACUACUACAACACCGACAACAACAACACCGACUACCACAACUAAACCGACAACUACCACAACACCGACAACAACAACACAGACUACCACAACACUGACAACAACAACAACACUGACGACUACCACAACACCGACUACCACAACAACACCGACGACUACCACAACACCGACAACAACAACACAGACUACCACAACACCGACAACAACAACAACACUGACGACUACCACAACACCGACAACUACCACAACUACACCGACAACUACCACAACACCGACAACCACAACAACACCGACAACUACCACAACUACACCGACAACUACCACAACACCGACAACCACAACAACUCCGACUACCACAACUACACCGACAACUACCACAAUACCGACAACCACAACAACACCAACUACCACAACAACACCGACUACCACAACAACACCGUCUACAACUACGACAAUACCCACUACCACAAUACCGACAACCACAACAACACCAACUACCACAACAACACCGACAACAACAACAACACCGACAACAACAACAACCCCAACAACGACUACUACACCGACUACCACAACACCGACAACCACAACACCGACAACAACAAGACCGACAACAACAACAAACCCAACAACGACUACUACACCGACUACCACAACAACACCGACUACAACUACAACACCGACAACGACUACAACAACACCUACUACAACAACAACGCCGACAACUACAACAACUCCGACUACCACAACAACACCGACGACUACCACAACACCGACAACCACAACACCGACAACCACAACACCGACAACAACAACAACGACUACUACACCGACUACCACAACAACACCCACUACUACUACAACACCGACAACGACUACAACAACACCUACUACAACAACAACGCCGACAACUACAACAACUCCGACGACUACCACAACACCGACAACCACAACAUCACCGACUACAACAACACCUACUACCACAACAACACCGUCUACAACUACGACAAUACCCACUACCACAACACCGACAACAACAACAACCCCAACAACGACUACUACACCGACUACCACAACAACACCGUCAACAACUACAACAACACCCACUACUACUACAACACCGACAACGACUACAACAACGCCGACUACCACAACACCGACUACCACAACAACAUCGACUACCACAACAACACCGACAACCACAACAACACAGACAACCACAACACAGACUACCACAACUACACCGACAACCACAACAACACCGACAACAACUACAACAACACCCACUACUACUACAACACCGACAACGACUACAACAACGCCGACUACCACAACACCGACUACCACAACAACACCUACUACAACAACUACACCGACAACUACCACAACACCGAUAACAACAACACAGACUACCACAACUACACCGACAACCACAACAACACCGACUACAAGUACAACACCGACUACCACAACAACACCCACUUCUACAACAACACCGACCACUACUACAACACCGACGACGACUACCACGAACGCUAAAACAACAGUGACUACAAAGAAGCCAUCUACAAUAACGAAGCCUACUCCCAAGAUUACUCUCCCUCCGUCUUUAGCGUCAACUCAAAAAAUAACCCUACCUCCGUCACAGUCCACUAAAUCAGCAAUAUCGCCAACGACAACAACGCCAUCAACAACAACUGGUUGUCCUGGGUUCCCACCAAGCUGUCCUGGACCGUGUGGUAGCUUUGACCCCGUGACCUUUUGUAUGAUUUGUGAUUACAGCAUUUGUGGCAGUAAGUCCUACUUCCGCAUUAUCACAAUAUAA